AUGGGAAUCGCGCAAGGUCACCGUGUCCACGCAGCGCUACAGUAUGUUUGUCACUUCCGGUUAGCAUCUUUCGUCCCUGCAGACGGCACGCCCAUCACAUACGAGGACCUGGCUUGCGCAGCCGGCGUUGAUACCUCGCAGUGCACGCGGGUGUUACAGCUUCUCAUGACGUACCAUAUUUUCCGCGAACCAGGUACCCGUAUCGUCGCGCAUAACCGCAACUCCCGCGUUCUGCUAGACGAGGAUACCGGUGCUGCCGUCGAGUGGCUAACCCAGGAGUCUCUUCGGUCUAGCGCUUUCUUUACCGAGACCCGGGCUAUGAGCCGAAGAUGGUCUACCGGUACGGCUGGUGCUGGUAGUAAUGAUAUCGCUGCUCCCGUUACUAUUCAAGGUGUGAUGAGUAGUGCUCAACAACAGACGGCACUUGAUCUCGCAUGUACUGGUAUUGAACAACCCACGGCCGGUUUCCUCACGCAGCAGCGUAUGAAUACCGAGACAUCUAUGAAGGCAGACCGGUACGCGCGUGCGAUGGCAGGUAUGGCUAAGCGGCGGCAACUCAGUGUGGACCACUUGGUAACUGGAUAUGAUUGGGAUGCGCUUCCGCCUGGCUCAACCGUCGUCGAUGUAGGCGGGGGUAGUGGUCACUGCUCGAAAGCAAUCGCCUCCUACAGCCCUACGUUAAACUUCGUCGUACAGGAUUCAAACACCGCUCUCGCCGAGAAGGUCGACGUAGAGGAGUUAGGGGAUCGCUUAAGGUUUAUGGCGUACGACUUCUUCGAGCCGCAGACCGUUUCGGGAGAUGUCUACCUCUUGAGGCGCAUAUUGCACCACUACUCGGACCAAGAUGCAGUGCGUAUCUUGCAAGCACAGCUGUGUGGUGCAAGAAGUAAGCCUGAUGCUAGAAUCGUGGUUAUGGAUAAUAUUGCGAUACAUAGCGGUACGCUGAGCACGCUUGAAGAACGCAAAACUAGGACCCUUGAUAUCGCGAUGAUGGCUCUCUUCAACAGCGUAGAGCGUAAUCUUGACGACUGGAAGGAACUAUUCAAGAUGGCAGAUCCGAACUUGAAACUUGUCAAAGUCUCGAAGCCGCUUGGAAGUGCUUUGGCUGUGAUGGAGCUUUGGUUGGAGCAGACCUAG